UAUGUGUGUUUAUAUAUAGAAGGAUCCACGCCUUCUGUUUGUGUUUCUGAUUAUCCUAUAUUUCUGCAAGAAAAAUAAAAUGAAAGGAAUAGAUCUCUUCUGCGCUUCUCCAGCUUCAACAGCUGUUUCUAACCAGCGCUCCGAUAUGGGUCGCCGGCGACGAGGUCACAGACCCAUCGAUGAUCGUGGUGUUAGCUCUAAUAAGCUUUAUCAUCCGCCAUGUUCGUCGCACUUGCCUAUACUUCCUCAGCCAACUUGUAAUUACAAAUUCCAACAUGAAAAGAGCAGGAAGAGCACUGAUCAUGCGGAUAAUUUAGGUAGAAAAAGCUCUGCUGAUUUAAGGAGGUUUAAGAGGAGUAGCAGCACUCCUCAUGGCGAUUCAUCUACGUAUCUGUUAAGUGAUUUAUUAUCUGGGUUUGAUAAAUUAGACGACGGUGAUGAUGAUGGGUUUCCUGGUCUGAAGUCGUCUUCAUCAGCCGGAGAGAUCAAGUCAAAGCAGCAGGCUGCAGGCUCAACUGGGUUUAUAGGUUUGAAGUCUUGUUCAUCGGCUAGAGAAAGAAUGAAUCAGCAGGCUGCAGGAUCAACUGAGUUUCUUGGUUUGAAGUCUUGUUCAUCGGCUCGAGAAAGGCCGAAUAAGCAGGAUGCUGGCUCGACUGAGUUUCGUGGUUUGAAGUCUUGUUCAUCAGCUGGCGAGCAUGGCGGAGGCUCAGCUGAUCAAUUUCUUGCUUUGAAGUCGUCUUCUUCAGCUCGCCAGGUCACGUCUUCUAAGCAGCAAGAAAAUAGCUUACGUACUGAUAAUCCUUCUGGUACCAAGUCGUCUUCAUCAGAUCGGUCUCGUGACCAGCAGAUUGUGGUGUUGAGGGUGUCAAUCCAUUGCAAGGGAUGCGAAGGAAAAGUUGGGAAACAUAUUUCCAAAAUGGAAGGUAUAGACUUUUUCCAUUAUAUUUUUACGAAAAUCUAUGAUAAAUUUAUAUGGAUAUAG